CUUCGAUGAUAAUUCGCAAUUCUCCGAAGAGACUUUGGCAGGAUACGCGUGCCUUUGUGCUAGUAAACAGAAAGCGAAGGAAAACACUGCAUGUUUUUGGUGAUUUAAACAGCUUUCUUCACUUUUUAAACUUAGAAGAAGUUAGAAAUACCGCCGACUCUCAUAACUUUUUAUUAGAAGUAGCGAGAUGUGGGUUGUGCAAAGUCUAGCUUUAAAGAGGGUGUGGUUAAGAAGUACAAUCUGGCACCUCAAACGAUCGGCGGACUUGAGGACUUCCAGCAAAGCAGUUUUUUUCAAGGGCCAGGCUGCGUGCAGGCAACCUGCGCUUGUACCUCCUCGGCACUGUAGCAGCUACAGCCACGUGUUCAGGGCCGCCCGGGAUACCCCCGAAACAUUCUGGAGUCGAGUCGCCGAGAACAUAACGUGGUUUGAACCCUGCAGUCGAACGUUGGAUUGCAAUGAUCCAGUGUUCCCCAAGUGGUUUGUCGGAGGGAAGCUGAAUAUGUGCUUUAAUGCCGUGGAUCGACACGUUGACAGCGGCCGGGGGAGUCAGACCGCUGUUAUAUAUGACAGUCCUGUCACCGGACGAAAGCAGUUCAUUACUUACGCCCAACUUCAACAAGAGGUGUCGAAGCUGGCUGGUGUCCUGGUGAAACACGGGGUUAAGAAAGGGGACCCGGUGAUCAUCUACAUGCCCAUGAUCCCACAAGCGAUGUUCACCAUGCUGGCCUGCGCUCGAAUUGGGGCGACGCACAGUCUUAUUUUUGGUGGCUUUGCAUCAAAGGAGCUGUCGGUCCGCAUAGACCACGCCAAGCCUAAAAUUAUAGUGACGGCCUCUUUCGGCAUCGAGCCGGGACGGAGGGUGGAGUACAUUCCUCUGGUGGAGCAAGCCCUGGAGAUCAGUGCCCAUAAACCCCACAAAGUCCUCAUCUACAACCGGCCGGAUAUGGAAACCGUGUCCCUGCAUCCGGACCUCAGUCUGGAAUGGGAGGAGGAGAUGGCUGCCGCCUCCCUGCACGACUGCGUGCCCGUCCCUGCUUGUCACCCACUGUACAUCCUCUACACCUCCGGGACCACCGGGCUGCCCAAGGGAGUCAUCAGGGAUACGGGAGGCUAUGCCGUGAUGCUGAGCUGGACCAUGUCGGGCGUGUACAACCUGAGGCCUGGAGAGGUUUGGUGGGCGGCGUCUGAUCUGGGCUGGGUGGUCGGUCAUUCUUACAUUUGCUACGCCCCUCUGCUCUGCGGGAUGACGACGGUGCUCUACGAGGGCAAGCCGGUGGGCACGCCAGACGCGGGGGCUUUCUUCCGCGUGCUAUCGGAGCACGGCGUGGCAGCCAUGUUCACGGCGCCCACCGCCAUCCGCGCCAUCCGCCAGCAGGACCCCCAGGCGUCUUUGGGAAGGCGGUACCCCGCUCACCAAUCGAGGACCCUGUUCGUGGCAGGAGAACGCUGCGAUGUGGAGACGCUGCAGUGGGCCAAGAAGAGCUUUGGAGUGCCUGUGCUGGACCACUGGUGGCAGACGGAGACUGGAUCUUCCAUCACUGCCUCCUGUGUCGGCCUCGGAAACUCGUUGUCUCCCCCUGCUGGUCAAGCUGGCAAACCUGUACCGGGCUAUAAUGUGGAAGUUGUGGAUGACAACAUGCAGAAGGUGACGCCGAGAACUCUGGGAAAUAUCGUGGUCAGGCUGCCUCUGCCACCGGGGGCUGCGUUGUCCCUCUGGCAAAAUGACACGCUGUUUAAGGAGCUGUACUUCACCAAGUUCCCUGGUUACUACGAUACCAUGGAUGCAGGCUUUGUUGAUGAGGAAGGAUUUGUGUACAUAAUGUCGAGGUCUGAUGAUGUCAUAAACGUGGCGGGACACAGGCUGUCUGCUGGGGCUCUGGAAGAGGUUUUGAUGCAGCACCCCCUGGUGGUGGACUGUGCUGUAGUGGGACUGGAAGACUCUCUGAAAGGUCACGUUCCUCUCGCUCUCUGUGUGCUGAGGUUGGACCCCAAGCAAAACCAGAAAGAGGUGGUGGGUGAACUGGUGAGCAUCGUGCGUGACAGGAUUGGACCUGUGGCGGCCUUCCGGAAGGUGCUUUUUGUGAAGGCUCUCCCGAAGACACGGUCUGGAAAAAUCCCCCGAUCCACACUUGCCAACCUUGUCAACAGGAAGCCAUACAAGAUCACUCCCACCAUUGAGGACCCUGGAGUCUUCAAUGAGGUUGAGAAGGUUGUCAGAGAGUCCCUGUGAGGUGGGGGGGGGGGAGCUUCGGUCAGCUGGAACAGCAGAAGGACAUUGUUGUGCUCCUGCAGGUCUGGAAAUGACAGGAGUUGGUCACUCCGGGGAAGGUCUAUGGUCCACAGCUAAAGAUCUCGUCUGGAGUCUGCAUCAUAAAGCCGGAUGUCUUUCUUUGCCGGGACCCCAGUGUAAAUGGACUUCUUUGGUCACUUACAGUUAGCCCAGUCAACCUUAAAUAUAACAAGUAAUCUAUCCACCACUCACUGGGCGAUACUGGCCCCUGAUGUUGCCUAAGGUCAGCAACAAUGGUGUCUGCAGUCAUCUGGAUGGAUGUUUUUUCCCCCAGAUGAUUUUGUUAGUCCUGUACUCAAGAAGGUUUACCUUAUAAACACAGUGGUUGAGUAGUAAUGUCA